UGCCAUUUUUGUUUACAUGGAGAAAUCUUUGAAAUGAAAUGACUGUUCCGUCCUCGUCAUACUUUACAAUCCUCGCACGAUUCAACAAUGUUACAUUUGAGAAAGGAUAUUGCUUUAUAAUAAAGUCAUACGCGCAGAAUGUCAUCACAAAUCAUGGCGCUGUCCACAGAAAACGAACAGAAAUCUGAUCUGUUGAAGGGUGAGAGAACACCAUCUUCAGAUUAUGAUUCGAGUGAGCUUGAUGUUUGUGAUGAACAAGAAGAGUCAGCAGAUUCUCGGACAGAGACCCCAGCCGACACUGCAUUUGCUCGCACUAAGCGAGAAGAGGAAGCUGUGUUGACAUGCAUUCAGCAAGCAAGCGCACUAAACAGUCCUUCCGUAGAUCUCAGUGGUAAACGCCUGCUCGCUAUUCCGGACGAAUUGUUAAUAAUGGGUAAUCUGGAGUACCUUUACCUGGAAGGAAAUGAAAUUUCUUUUCUCCCAGACGACUUUUUCAAGCGAUUUCCUCAUCUCAAGUGGUUGGACCUACGAAACAAUUGUCUGACACGCCUCCCUUGUGUGUACCUUAGCAGCCAUACAUCACUACGUAACCUAUUAUUGCAAAAUAACCAGUUGAAAUGCCUUCCUCUUGAACUUGGGCUAGUAAAGACACUGCAUGGUCUAAAUAUCAUAAACAACCCGCUGGAAUUUCCUCCAGCAGAAAUCUUAAGUCAAGGCACAUACGAAAUCCAGAAAUUCCUGCGAGAAAUGCUUCAGGCAAAGUCCAAUGCAAAUAUGAAAGAAGAUCUAGCAUUAGACUGCAAAUUUGAAGAUUCUGGGGAUUCUAGCGGCUCAGAUGAUUGGAAUACCAGUGCCAGCAUGAUGGACCUGGCACGGCAACGUCAGAAGAUGGCCAAAACCAAGUCUGCCAACACUUCCUCUUUGAGCCCUACUUGCAAAAAUCUGCCAAAUGGUCUUGCACAACCUCAGCAUGGUCUUGCACAACCUCAGCAUGUGAGCUACAGCCAGAUCAAACACCUGCAGAUGGAGAAGCUGAAAAAAAGCAGUGCUACUACCACUCAUAGCAACACAGCUGACAGUAGGCAGAGAAAGCCAUCAAGUGUGCAAUCCUGGAAAGUUAACUCAUAUCCUGAGCCCCCAUCUCAUGAGUAUAUCUCAUUUAAGAUGGCUGAAGAGCGACAGGUGGCCAGAAUUCGGGAGAUGAAUGAUAAAGCAGAUGCCAUUCUGCAAAGGCGCAAAAAUGAGCAAUUGUUGAAGGACUGGCGAGAUAACGCAAAAAAAAUACAAUCCAAGAAAUCUAUGGAAACCAUUACUAAAGGAACCAAAGAAUAUCCAGAAACAGCUGCAGAAGCACCUUUUGGUGUGGACAAGGACUUUAUGAAAAUGAUGGAUAAUGAAGACAGGUUUAAGGAGCAGAAGGAGAAGCCUAAAAGAGCUCUUUCCCCUGCUUCCAGAAUGAGAAUUGAAGAACAAAAGGUAGCCCAAAUACAAGAGCUUGAGCAGCGAAUCAAGUCACACACAGCACAGAUGGCUGAAAGAAGACGGAAACCAAAAGGCACCCCACAAGAAGAGAUGGAAGCUGCCAGAAGAGAUCUUGAAAUUGCUGAAGAACUUCAUCGGCAGCUGAUGAACCAACACCUGAAUGUGGAUGUUCGCCUCAAGCAAUUUGAAGCAGAUGUGCUGAAAAAUCUGCCUCUAAGAGCCCAGCUGAAACAUUAGUCUCAUCAUAAGCAGAUAUGAGGCUAUACUUGUGUCCCAUUUGAGCUGAAGGAGACUUACUGUGCCUUUCUAUCAGCACAUCACUGGAUUAAUCAUUUUCUCAGCUCUACUUUCAUACUAUUUGGACAGCCACUGUUUGUAUUUUUUAAAGACAUGAUCUGUUUAAACAAGAUUAGUAAUCAAUUACACAAAAAUUGAUGUAAGGCUGUAUGUUAAGGAUUCAUACUUAAAAAGUCUUGCUGCUUUUUGUGUAUUUAUGUACUGUUCUUAGAUGAUGUAACAGGACCGAAAAGCUGAAUUGCAGCCAAGGAAAGUGAACAGGUAGAAUUCUGCCUUAAAAUAGGCACAUUACUUUGUUUUCCAUCCAAGAAGCUAAAAUAGCACAAAGAAGAGUACAUGACCAUUAGUCUUACAGGUUUAAAAAAAAAAAAGACAACCAAAAAAAAGAGACCAUUAUUUCCUGUCAAUCGUGCAGAAUUUUUUGUGUGAAAUUAAGAUUUUUAUGAGAAAUAUAAAAGUUGCAAAUUUUUAAAA